UCUGGGGUAGAUCAUCAUCUCUAUUAGGGUAGAUUGUAAAGCUUCUCACUGGACAUCGUUUCUACUCUCUGGGAUUUAUGCUAAGAUUUCUCCAUGGACACGAACAGCUUUCUCUGGGUUGGAUCCUAAACAGACAUAUCCAGCAUUCUCUGGGACAGAGCCUAAAGGUUCUUGGCUAUAUACAUCUCUCUGGGGAACAUCCUAAAUAUUCUUCAUGGUCAUAUAUAGAUUUCUCUGGGAUACAUCCUAAAAGUUUGCCAUUGAUAUUAACUGUUUAGAUCCCUCCCCAGACUUCUUGAUUUGUGAUUCUCCCUUUAUUAUAAUCUAGUUUUACUCUGGGAUAUAUCUUUAAACCCCCCCCCCCCUCCCUCAGGCUUUCUGCUUUCUCUGGGAUCGAUCCUAAAGGCUUUCCAUGGAUAUAUGCUUUAUCUGGGAUAAAUCCUUAUUGCUUUAUCUGGAAUGGGCAUAAACUGUUUUCUCUCGGAUUGUUUCUAAAAAGAUCUUUGCGGACGCCUGCUGCUUCCUCUGGGAUAGGUCAUUGGAUUGUUAAAAAGGAACACAAACUGUAAAGGAAAAAACAUGGGAGCUGCUACCAAGCUGGCCUUUGCAGUCUUUCUUAUCUCCUGUUCCUCAGGAGCCAUCUUGGGAAGGUCAGAAACCAAAGAAUGCGUCUACUACAAUGCCAACUGGGAGAAGGACAAGACCAACCCCAACGGCACGGAGAUCUGCUACGGGGACAACGACAAAAGGCGGCACUGCUUUGCCACAUGGAAGAACAUUUCGGGCUCCAUAGAGAUCGUUAAGCAAGGCUGCUGGUUGGACGAUAUGAACUGCUACGACAAGAGCGACUGCACAGAGAGGAAGGAGAGUCCGGAUGUGUUCUUCUGUUGCUGCGAAGGCAACACCUGCAAUGAGAGGUUCUACCAUUCGCCAGAGAUGGAGGUCACACAGCCCACCUCGAAUCCUGUCCCAACCAAGCCGCCUUUAUUCAACACUCUGCUGUACUCGCUGGUGCCUAUCAUGGUGGUGGCGGUCAUUGUUCUCUUCUCGUUCUGGAUGUACCGGCACCACAAGCUCGCCUACCCCCCAGUGCUGGUUCCAACACAGCACGCCUUUCACAUUAUGAUAGAGGAUCCAGGCCCCCCUCCUCCGUCUCCUCUGCUGGGAUUAAAGCCAUUGCAGCUGCUGGAGGUAAAAGCCAGAGGGAGGUUCGGCUGCGUGUGGAAAGCCCAGUUAUUAAAUGAAACCGUAGCUGUCAAGAUAUUCCCAAUACAGGAUAAACUGUCUUGGCAAAAUGAGUAUGAAAUCUACAACCUCCCUGGGAUGAAGCACGAGAAUAUCCUGCAGUUCAUCGGCGCCGAAAAGCGCGGCACCAACCUCGACACGGAUCUGUGGUUAAUUACUGCUUUCCAUGAAAAGGGCUCCCUCACUGACUAUCUGAAAGCCAACGUGGUGUCUUGGAAUGAGCUGUGCCACAUCGCUGAGACAAUGGCCAGGGGCUUAGCUUACCUCCACGAAGAUAUCCCGGGGCUGAAGGAUGGACACAAGCCUGCGGUGGCGCAUAGGGAUAUCAAAAGCAAAAACAUUCUCCUAAAAAACAGCCUGACAGCCUGUAUAGCAGAUUUCGGCCUCGCCUUAAAGUUCGAAGCUGGGAAAUCUGCAGGGGACACUCACGGCCAGGUCGGAACCCGCAGGUACAUGGCCCCCGAGGUGUUAGAAGGUGCUAUCAAUUUCCAGAGAGAUGCCUUUUUAAGGAUAGACAUGUAUGCCUUUGGCUUAGUACUCUGGGAGCUGGCGUCGAGGUGCACUGCCUCGGAUGGUCCAGUCGAUGAGUACAUGUUACCUUUUGAAGAAGAAGUUGGGCAGCACCCAUCUCUGGAAGACAUGCAGGAAGUGGUAGUGCACAAAAAGAAAAGACCCAUCUUAAGGGAGUGCUGGCAGAAACAUGCUGGAAUGGCGAUGCUCUGCGAAACCAUAGAGGAGUGCUGGGAUCACGACGCGGAAGCCCGGUUGUCGGCCGGCUGCGUCGAAGAGCGAAUCAUUCAAAUGCAAAAACUCACAAACAUUAUCACAACCGAGGACAUUGUCACAGUGGUCACGAUGGUGACAAACGUGGACUUUCCGCCCAAGGAAUCGAGCCUAUGAUACCCCUCGGUCGUGGUUACCCAGACCAACCGGACUCUGGCGCAGAGCUGCUAAGCUAAAGGGGAACUUCUGCCUAAUGAAAAUGAUAUAAACCGGCAAAGGUCCGCGUGAAUGGAGGCGGGGGGGUUGCUCUUUUGCAGAUCGUCCCGUUUGGACGCCCCACCGACGACUCUUACAACCCGGAGACUUGUUUCAUUCCACGCAAACGCCCCGAAGGACUCGCCGCGGGUUUUUAUCGACAAAAUCAAUCGAAAAGGAAUGAAAGAAACAAUGAAGAAACACGAACCUAAUAAACUGACACCCGUUUUUUGUUUUUAAAACACGUCAGACAAAAAGACUAAUAUUACGUGAACUACUGCUACGUUUUUUUUUUUUUUUUUAAAUCAAAGCAUUUCAUUUCAGAUUUAAAGGGUAACUGUUUUUAUUGCAUUUGCCGUUGUGUUUCUCUCAAUGACUAUUGUAACGUCAUCAUGACACAGCUUGUGAAUGUUCCGUGUGCUGCUGUUCCGUGUAUAUAAACCCUAAAGUAAUCAACGUGGGAUAUAUUAAAAGAGGCUUCCAAGCAGACUGUAACCUCCCUCAACAAGGUAUACCUCAGCUCCACCUUCUCACGAAAUUCUCCGAUACCGCGGAAAACACUAAGAAAUUCGAAGAAUAAAUCCACCCCCUUUUUAUCGUUUUUUUUUUUUAUUGCUGUAUUGCCAAAAUUCAGUUGUUCGAUUUUUAAAGGGUAAGCUACGCUGAAACCAUUUUUGUUUUUGACUAGUGGAGGAGUUGGGUAGUGCAUUCGGCCUUCUUGCCGCAGUCCGGCGUGUCGGCGGAGUAUUCCGAACCCUCCUCGGGAAUAAGGGAAACUUAAGACUGGUGUUUUUAGAUUCGGCCUUAUUUAUUACUACGGAGACUUCUGUUGACUAACGCGACCCAUUCUGUUGGCGUCUAAUCAGAUAAUAAUCCGAUAGAUGGAAUGAUCGGCGCAGCAAGGCAGUAAAGGGAGGUUCCCAUGACGUGGAACCUUCCCACCAUGAAAGACUUGCUGUCCCAGUCAUUGGUUUAUUGGGUUACAUUUGGAGGGGCACCACUAUCCCCCCCCCUGCACUGUAUAGAUUCUGGGUGGGCUGAGGCAUGUCUCUUAUGUGUCUAUUGUAACAAUAAGCAAGCUUCUGCUGUCUGCUGCCUCUGGGGGUCAUGUGUGGUAGGGGCCUAGGAUGCAGCCAAUCACAACCUGGUAGUUCCUGUGAUGGCUGACCUACAUGCUUAACACGUGUAGCAAAGCUCACCACGGGUCCAACCAUUCUGCCUGCACCCGUUCUUUCUGUUUUCUCCAGAGUGUCAGGAGGCGGGGCAUCCCUUUUGUGCUGUUUCAGACAGGAAGAUAUUUACUGAGGUUAAGCUUUUUUUGGGGGGGAGGAGUUAGGAUUAAGCCAUGGGCAAUAUACGUGUAUUUACUAAAACGUUGAACAACUGUUACAAUAUGUAAUAUGUCCUUUGAGCUUAUGGCAACAUUAUUCUCUAAGUGGCCCUCGUGAUGGUUGGGCCCCGGGCAAAUGCCUUCUCUGCCCUAAUCUGAUUGGUGGGGUCUCUUUACCCAGGAAUAAUAAUAACACGACCCAGUAUUUUGGCCUUCAGGUCUCUGCAUGCAUGGUCGGGGGUAGUAUGUAACAGCAGGAGGGCAACACGCUAAUGGUAUGUUACUCAUCGUUACUAUGGUUGGGGGGUCGUGGAUUCCGUUUCCUUCAGAGGGAGCCGCUUACCUGGAAUCACAGUGUGAAAUCGACAUGCCCAAAGCCAGUUUCUCCAGUUAGAGAUUCCGCACCACCAUCGGCAUACCUCCCAGCAUCCCCCAUUUUAACUAUUGGAAUAAUUUAGGCCACGCCUAGGAUUAGACUAGCCCCACCCCAGCCUAGUUUCUUUACAACCCCGCCCCUGCAGAGCUGUCCUGCCGUAACAGGGAGCCGUUGGGAGGUAUAACAUCUGCUGAUGAAUUCAAUAGGAGGGCCUCCUCCAACCAAAACAAUGGGGCAUUUCACUCAGGGAUUUUGGGUAAUAGGAAUCGUAGCUCCCUGGGAAAAUCUGACCACUUGAAUUUGAGGAACCGGUGGAUUCAGAUUGAUACCCCCGAUGUAGUCACGGCUUAUUUUGUUAUAUCUCUGACCCCUCCCCCAAAUGAUUACAUUGCCGUCGUUUUACUAAAGUACUAUAUAGGUUUGCUGUGUCUGAGAAGUAACUGAAAAUUAUACGCAUGUUCUUUUUUUUUUUUUUUUUUUUUAAUUUUGUCUUUUUUUUUAAUGAUUUCUGUAUCUUUGUGAGCGCUAACACUGGAACACUCAGUUCAUAUAGUGAAUAUUUAUGUACGUGCCGCUUCAGCUCUGUGUUCUGUAGCCCAUACAGGACGGACCGCACCGCCGUUUCAGGGUCACCUCAGGAAAUGUCAUUACCCACAAUCCCUCACUACAUAUUAAGAGUAAACUGCGGCACGCCGCCGCAUCGCUGCUCUUGUCUGCUCGACAUUCACUGUCUGUGACUUACUGGGCUUUGCGUUGGCAAACUUUCAAAUUUCAGAUGUUGCCGUUAAUCAGGGAAAAUUAGAAAAAAAAUAAAAUGUAUUACCCUCGAAUAUGCAAUUCCUAUUUAGAGGUGUAACCAACUGUUAGCGUGGGGCUAACGAUGGAUAUGAGAAAAAUAAAUUAACUGCUUUUACAUAUGGACUGGAAAAUGGCAUUGGUGUGGACUUCUCUGCAGUGUAAUAUAUGUAUUUGCGUCCCUGGACAAAAAAAAAAAUUGACGUUGUUAAAGGGGAUGUAGACCCAAAACUAAAAUGUUGCCAAAUGAAAGAGAAUGCGAUUCUAAACAAAUUUCCAAUAUACACUCAUUAAAAAUUUCCAGCCGUUCUAAGGUUAUUGCUGUUGAAAGCAUUGUAGAAGCAAGGAACAGUAAUGGCGGAAGAGACGCUGUUUUCAAUUUCAAUUACAUUUAACAAUAACUUGGAAACGGCUGGAAAUUUUUAAUGAAUAUAUAUUAGAAAGUUGAUCAGAACUUCAUUUACUUUCCUUAGGGAACAUUUUGUUUUUUUGAGGUUCACAUCCCCUUUAAAUUUUAAAGGGGAAGUAUCUGUUUGAUCUUGAAAUGUGUAUAUUGUAGAGCUGUUAUAGUUUUAUGAUACGAAAGAGGGGCUUUUGUUCAAAAGUUAUUCCAUUUCUGAUGUCAGUAUUUUUUUUAUGCCCAUAGUGGUGGAAAGUGGUAUUGCAAGAUAGUGUGGAAUAACUUUAGAACUAAACCCCCUUAGAAUGUGCUUCUGUGGAGCUGACAAGGGACAGUUUUAGGGUGAUUGCACAUGGUAUGCUGGUGGGAAAUCUCCUCUCCUGCGGGCUACGAAGCCCCUUAAAAGCUUUCACCGCCCACAGGAAGUCUCCUCCCCCUAGGCCCAAAAAUACCUUCAUAGGGGGUUUAAUGUAAGUGACCAUGGGUAAAACAUAUCCGUUGCGCAAUCGCACAUAAUUCAAAUUGAUGUUUUACCCAUGGUAACUUACAUUAAACCCACUGAAGGUAUUUUUGGGCCUAGGGGGGAGGAGACUUCCUGUGGGCCGUGACCCAUGCUCUACCACCCUAGAGCUGGGCAGAGAGAGAAACAGCCCCUUAUCCAACCGAUCUUUUGGUUCAAUGGAUUGACAGUCUUUAUUGUUUGACCUAUAAGUUGCUGAGCCGAAGAUAAACAACACCCGCUUGCAACUCACAGGCCAGGACUUUUAGCUUCGAAUAUAUUAAGACUGCCCCCUUAUGGAUAAAAAGGGGAGGAGUUUGGGGAAAUUCUGAGGAAUUUGUAAAUGUAGUAAAUCCUGUUUAAACGUCAUUGAUUGGCAGUAGAAAUAGGUGCCAAAGUCUCAGAAUGGCGGAAUCAUUGUACAUGCCAAAGUCAAAUUCUUCUUUUUUUAUUUCUGAAACUUCUUUACAGUGAAGCCUCCGCUCGCCAGUAUUAUAUUACAUUUCUCUCCGUUUCAAUGCAGGAAAUUUUUUUUUUUUUCUUCAUUUUUAAGAUUUUUUUUAUUGAUCAGGAACGUACUGUGAGUGUGGAACGUUCCGACGGGCAGUUAGAACAGGCAGUAACGCUACCAGAGACACGAGCAGAGUUUGCCCUGGUUGAGUAACCAAUAGGAAUGGAAAUGAAAGUUGUUGGUUGCCGUUGGUUACUAGACCAUUACAAACAUAACACUACGUUUGUUUUACUUCUAAUAUGCACUUAUUCUCUGGGAACAACUCACCGGCUCUAAUCCAGGGGGAUAUUGAAGGGUGAGAAUUAUUUCUCAAUUGUGUUUUUAAAUUGGAAUUUCCCUUUAUUUUGCUAUUUCUGCCCUGGGUCUCCGUCCAAUCAUUUUCUACUCUGAGUAGGAAAAGGGGAGUCGUAAUCUUUACCCAAAUGAAGAAAUAUCUAAAGAGGAGUCACACACAUAUGUGUCGUUUGUACCCAAAUUAAAAAAAAAAAAAAACCCCAUCAACCCACGGAAGUGCUAUUUUACACCCCCCUGUAUGCAUAAGGAAGAUACCCCAAGACUUCCAUGAGUAGGAAAUAUGAAAGGCCAAGGGGGGGCCCUUGGGUGAUGGGGGACUAAACCUUGUACAUAGAUAACAAAAACACCCAUAACUGCUUAUUAUUUCAUACUUCAACCCCUUUGCAAGCUGAAAGUAUGUAGGCAGCCAUUUUGAUUUCACAGACCCUCCCAUUUAAAGGGAAAUGUUACCAUUUUAGUCCAGCAAGAUCUGCAGCCUUGGGCUGUUCCAUAGUAGGGGGUCUGGACCUCCGUAUAAUGCAGCUUUCUAGUGACGGUUUGGCCAACUGCCUCCCAACUUCGUAAGAUAUUUAAUCUCUUAGUGGAAACAGCCCUCCAUGUCUGCCCCCUAUUUAGCACUGGUGGUUUAACCGGCAUUUGCACCCCAUGUUUGGAAAUAGUAAAUGCGUUGAUUCCACUCGCCCCCAUCUUGGUAGAAAUGGUGCAUGUUCCCGAGUGUUCCCUUCCCAGCGACCCUUUGUCUGCAUAAAGUAUUAGAGACUAGUAUUAGGGACCCCCCCCCCGUGCACUGUAGGGGGCAGCAAGUAUGCCUUUUAUUCCUUGUUUAUUCCUUGGUGGCAGUCGACCGGCAUGACUGAAGAGGGGGCGUGGCUCUUUCAGAAUGAGGCCAUAGAGGUGCAAGUAUUGCCCUGUCUACUCGAGGCCGAGGUUCCAAAAUAGAUUUAAGCACUGAUGAUCUACACCCCCUUUUCUGCUCAUCCCGGAGGCCAUUUUGCAUAUCGGUAUCGUCUCCAGGAAAUCAUCAAUAAACCAAUAAAAAAAAUGAUGGAUAUUUUUGUAAGUGCGUCAGUAUAGUUGGCCUUUGACACAUGCAGAAUUCUGAUUGGAUGCUGCCAAGUCAUCUGCCACUGAUGCUUUACAAGGUCCUUCUGCAGAGGUCCCUACGAGCAUUUUGACAUUUGUGGUGGUAUCUGGUAUGUUGAUCAGUGGUACUGAGUAGCAACAAUGGGUGGUUUCUAUAGGGCGUCUGACUGGGAGUCGUAACAGCGAGGGGGCUGUAGGAUUGGCAUCUCUUGCACUCUGGGUGGGGUUAAAAGUAUGGGAA